AUGGUUUCGUGGACGCUCGUUGCAGGCAUCACUGCAAUAUCAACAGUCAAGUGGGCGCCAAAGUACUCUCUUAGUGCAUCCUACACCCUCACAACAAUCGCAUUCAUCCUCAUAGCGUGGACAGCUCGAUUUGUUUACGUUUCAAUCUUGUAUCCUGAAUUUUUCACGCGACUUAGACAAAUUCCCACUCCACGAAAUCGAUCAUGGCUGUAUGGCAACACAGGGUCCUUCGACCUGCGCUUCCCAGUUGAAUUGGUGCGAGAAUGGAAAAAGACCAUUCCAAACCCUGGAUUACUGAGAUACUACGUGGUCGGCAACCAAGAGAGGCUAGUGGCCUUGUCGCCCAAGGCGAUUGGUGAUCUGUUGGUGAACAACAGUUAUGAUUUUAUACGCCCUGAGAUUGCGCGGGUGCAACUUAGUAAAGUCACCGGAGAGGGCUUAUUAGUUGCCGAGGGAGAUGUGCACAAGGUGCAACGCAAAAGCUUGAUGCCGUCAUUCUCCUACCGACACAUCAAAGAUUUAUACCCACUCUUCUGGACAAAGGCCAUCCAAAUGACCAACGAGAUCGAAAAGGGAAUCAAGUCUAGCAAAACAGGAGAAGAUGUCAUCAAAACCAGCAGCUGGGCAAGCAGAGCCAUGCUCGACAUCAUCGGUCUAGCUGGCUUCGACUACGAUUUUAAUACCGUGGGCAAUUCCGACAAUGAACUUGCGCGUCGUUAUGAGAGUAUGAUUUUGAGCCCCGUUGGGUUACAGCGUAUUGUUGGGUUUGUAUGUCUGUUUAUCAUUGGGUUUAAGUACUACUUCCGUAUUCCGAGCCCACACAAUAAGAUCAUUAACGAUGCGAUGCGCUUCAUCCGUGGUACGGCGCUGGAGCAUUUGAUCAAGAAGAAGAAGCGGUUGCAAGAAGAUACCGAAAACGUGGAUGUGGAUAUUUUGUCGGUGGCUAUGCGCAAUGGCAGUUUUACUGACGAACUUCUAGUCGACCAGAUGAUUACUUUUCUGGGUGCGGGCCAUGAGACGACAGCGUCAGCGUUCCAGUGGGCCGUUUACGUGUUGUCGAAGUACCCUGAAAUCCAGACUCGGCUUCGAGAAGAAUUACGAAAGUCCUUGCCAAAUAUACCGCUUGGUGAACUGACCGAUAUCAAGGAAAUCAAGGACGAAAGCGGCAAUGUCAAAGCCGCAUUUUCAGAAUUGUUCACCUCAAUAGACGGUAACAACAACACAAAUAUACCCUAUCUAUGGGCUUUUAUCAACGAAGUCCUCCGCUUCCACCCUUCUGCGCCUUUUACUUCCCGCCAAGCGCUCCGUGAUACAACCCUAGGUGGCCACUUCAUCCCCAAGGGCACACAAAUCCUCAUCUCCCCCGAAAUAACAAACAAAGACACCGACCUCUGGGGCCCGGAUGCAGAAACUUUCAACCUCGACCGAUGGCUAAACAUUGACACGGCCACCAACAAAGCUACGAGUUACAACAACAGCGGCGGUGCUAGAAGUAACUACGCGAACAUGACAUUUAUUCAUGGGCCACGUGCUUGUAUUGGGCAGGGGUUUGCGAGGGCGGAACUUGCGAUUUUUGUGGCGGUGUUUGUGUAUCGGUUUGAGUUUGAGCUCAAGGAUCCGCAGAAGCAGUUGGAGGUGAGGAGGAUGAUUACACAGGCGCCGACGGAUGGGGUUAUAAUCAAGGUUAGGAGGGCUACUUAA